AUGAAUGGAAAGAGUAACAUGGAAACUUAUAUUACCAUAUGUAAAAUAGAUAGCCAACGGGAAUUUGCUUUAUGUCUCAGGAAAGUCGAUCAGGAGCUCUGUAUCAACCUAGAGGGGUGGGAUGGAGAGGGAGAUGAGAGGGAGGUUCAGAAGGGAGGAAAUAUACGUAUACCUGGUGGCUCAGAGGUUAAAGCAUCUGCCUGCAAUGUGGGAGACCUGGGUUUGAUCCUUGGGUCGGGAAGAUCCCCUGGAGAAGGAAAUGGCAACCCACUCCAGUAUUCUUGCCUGGGAAAUCCCAUGGACGGAGGAGCCUGGUGGCCUACAGUCCAUGGGGUUGCAAAGAGUCAGACAUGA